CCGGGCCUGUGCCCUCACAGGAAUCCACCGUGACCUCCUGGUUCAUAGGUCCAUGCUCAACCGCUGAGCCAUGCCAGCCGGGCCGUCUCUUUAAUAUUUUAAUGUUAAAAUAAACAAAGAUCCUGCAUUGUCUUGGAGUUUAUGCCAUUUUGUCUUUAUUUAUAAAACACAUUUUUUACAAGAAGGAAAAUGCCUCAGUUGUGUUCGUAAUUUUAAGAGGCGCUGCCACGGUGUCGCGCAGGUGUGGCCAUGGGUGUGAACCGCCACGGCUCUGAAAUCGACCUGCGGGCCUCGGGCGGGAUCCGCGGGCUGCGGCUCCGUCCGUCCGGUUCGGAAGCCACUCCAGUCGCCUGGGUGUGACCUGUGCGGGGCACACACGGUGUCAGGCAUCAACUCUGCGUGAGGGAAUUGGGGGGCUGGAGGGGGGGAGAGACGCAGGGCUGUUGCCCCGGCAACGGGGUGAUAGUGGGGGCGGGCGGCGAAGUUCUGUCUCCACGGAGACUGUCGGGGCUGAACACUAACAAUACUCGAGGUGGGCGCACCCCACGGAUGGCCACGGUCCCCAAAGAGCCCACGAGUAAAGGUUGGCCACGGGGCCCCGACUCCCGAUUCACCACGUGCCCCUGAUUCUGCCUCCCCAACCCUGAGACGCGCCCCACCCGCUAGAGUUUUCGGGCUGCGGAGGAGCAGGGCUGGGCGGGGCGCGGGCUGCGGGCGGGCCCUCACGCGUCCCUCCGCCCCAGGCCGGGGCUCAUGGCGCCCAAAAAGAAGCGCGGGAGCCGGCCGGCAGACAGCGCCGCCGCCGCCGAGGCGCAGCUGUCGGAGCGCGCGCAGUACCUGCUGCGGGAGUUCGGGCUGCUCACCCAGCAGCUGGACGCCUACGAGCAGUGCGUGGACCAGGUGCUGCAGGACAACAUCCUCCUGGACGGCGAGGCGCUGCGCCUGCGCGACGAGAACCGCUUCUACGCCACCUACGUGAGCGCGCACGCGCAGCGCUGCGCCAACGCCACGGUGCGCCUGGAGGAGCAGAACCGCGUGGACCUGGCGCAGAUCCACAGCCAGCGCACCGACCUGGAGGCGCUCUACCACGGGCGCGAGGAGGGCGUGCGCGCGCAGCUGCAGGAGAUGGAGGGCGCGCGGCGGCGCAAAUGGCCUCGCCAGGUGCAGGAGCUGCAGCCCUACAAGUCCAUCAAGGCGGACAACGGGCGGCUGCGGGAGGAGCUGCUGCGGCUGCUGCGCCGGGCCCACCUGCUGCACGAAAUGCGGCGCCAGCUGCUGAUGCAGCGCGAGCAGCUGUGGAGCGAGCACCAGGACACGUGGGACCUGGCGCGCGUGCACAAUUGGCUGCGCCGGGGGCCCGGGGGCCCGGAGCUGUUUCAGCCGCUGUCCUCCCCGCGCCAGGGGUCCAUAGCCUCCGGCACAGACUCCUCCAACUCCCCCCCAGGCUCCUUGUUCGAGCCCUCUCGGAACCCGUCCCGGGUCUCUUCCCUCACUGUCUCCAGGGCCCCGUCAGUUGUCUCACUGCGUGUGGGCUCCACGGUCCCGUCGCUGGUCUCGCUGAAGGCGGGGUCACAGUUGCAUUCCCAGGACUGGUCGAAAAGGGACUCCCAAGUCCCCUCCUUGGCCCCGUCCCGCCUGGGCUCCUUGGCCUCGUCCCGCCUGGGCUCCCUGGCCCUGUCCAGCCCCGGCUCGCGGGUCUCAUCCUUGACCCAGUCCCUCCAUAGCUCCAGGAUCCCUUCGCGGUCCUCGUACCGCAAGGCCUCGCAGAGCACCACUGCCUCUGCUGAUUCUGUCCCGGGGCCGGGCCAGCCGAAGGAGACCGACGACACUGACAGGGCAGACUGAACCCGCCCGGAAGGAGUCCAGGGUGGAGGAGACGGAGCGCAGGAAGCUAGCUGUUGGACUCCUCCCCCAUUUCAUUCGCCUCUUCUUUUUCAGUGGUUAUCUGAGAGAUGUCAACAUGCACAUUUAAGCUCAUGAUUCAUGAAGAGCCCCCAACCCUCCACACACUUUCUGUCUCCAUCCCACCUUCCAGGCUUAAGAAUCCAACACUCACAUCACCCUCAGAUCGGCCACUGUUCCUCUUUGUGGAAAGUCAUCCCCCUGGGUACUGACAUUUGGGACAUAUUUGUAUACCCUGGAAAUGGAUACAACAUCAAACACUGAGUCAAGCUCUGGAAGGUCAUUGGCAACACGCAUCCUCCGAGGAAUGCAACACCAUCGCCGGAAAUGAAGGGAUCCGGACCAGAAGCCCCGUUGUCCGACGUAGUAAUCCACCGACAUACGAUCGUACCAGCCACGAUAAAUAAAAGGUUUUAAUAAAAUGUUA